CUAAAAAGUAACCAAGUAAAAGCACCGGCCAAUCUUCCCUCUACAGCUACACCUACUUUAAUUAUUAAGCAACCAAAAAAUCAGUGUGUGGAAAAACCAAACAAGAAAUAAAUAAUGUUAUGCCUACCAAACUCAAAAUAGGAUUAAAAGAUUUCAAACAAACAAAACAAGGUGAUAUUAUUAUAAAAUGCCAAACCAAGGAGGAAAUUGAAACUCUAAAAAAUGCUGUAGAGAAAAAUCUGGGAAGUGAAUACUCUACCAACUUACCAAAAAAAGGAAUCCUAGAGUAAAAAUAGUAGGGUACACUGGAAAGGACAAUGAAAAUGAAAUCGAAAACAAAAUAAGAAACCAAAACAACUGGAUACUAAAAGUUACAUAUAUAAAAAAAAUGGUAAACAAAAACACCUCUAUCAUUUUUAUUAAAUAUUCUCCAAACUUUUACCAUAAAGCCAUGAAUGCUCAAAAAUUUUUUAUGAACUGGGAACGCUAUCCAAUUUCUAGUCCAAUUUAUAAAGACUUAAGUCUUCCCAGGUGUUACAACUGCCAGGGCUAUCAAUAUAAAAGUGCAAACUGUUUUAAAAAAAUAGUUUGUGGAAAGUGCUCAGGUGAACACGACUGGAACAUUUGUAAUGAUGAUAAUAAAAAGUGCGUUGACUGUGUCUUUGCAAACCAACAGUACUCUUCUGGAUAUGAUUGGAAUUAUGAAGCCCCUGGCCCGAACUGUCCGUCAACUCUUACUACACAAAAAUUCUUAGAAGUAGAAUCUAUUAUGGAACUAGCUAAUGGUACAACUACAACUUGA